AGACAGGAAAAAGCGUAGAGUUCGUGAGCAUUGAUUGGCUGAAGCAGGAAGCGUUCUGGACGCUGAUUGGCUCCGUCCUUCGCGCUAAGGAGUUUGUGGCACCAGAGCAAAGUAGAUUUAGCACUGCGGCCGCACCGGGGUUCUUAGGAGUUACACGAACCCACCAGUCGGGCGUCUCCUGGCCCUCUCUUCUGAGGGAGUAGGGACAAAGAUGUGGUUUGGUGGAUCUGAAAGCUACAGCAGCUCCUCCUUUGGCGGAGCGGGCGGCUACACGCAGUCCCCCGGGGGCUUUGGAUCGCCGACACCUUCGCAGGCUGAAAAGAAAUCAAGAGCCCGAGCCCAGCACAUUGUACCCUGUACCAUAUCUCAGCUGCUUUCUGCCACUCUGGUUGAUGAAAUGUUCAAAAUUGGGAAUGUUGAGAUUUCACAGGUCACUGUCGUGGGUAUAAUCAGACAUGCAGAGAAGGCCCCAACCAACAUCGUGUACAAACUGGAUGACAUGACCGCCGCGCCCAUGGAUGUCCGUCAGUGGGUUGACACAGACGAUGCCAGCAGUGAAAACACAGUGGUUCCUCCAGAGACAUAUGUGAAAGUGGCUGGCCAUCUGAGAUCUUUUCAGAACAAAAAAAGCCUUGUAGCCUUUAAGAUCAUGCCUCUGGAGGAUAUGAAUGAGUUCACCACACAUAUUCUGGAAGUUGUCAAUGCACACAUGACCCUGAGCAAAUCUAACAGCCAGCCCCCAGCAGGGAGAGCACCUAUCAGCAAUCCAGGAAUGGGUGAAACAGCUAACUUUGGUGGGAAUAGCUCCAUGCCAGCAAAUGGUCUCACUGUGGCCCAAAACCAGGUGCUGAAUUUGAUUAAGGCUUGUCCAAGACCUGAAGGAUUAAACUUUCAGGAUCUCAAGAACCAGCUCCAACACAUGACUGUAGCCUCCAUAAAGCAAGCUGUGGAUUUUCUUAGCAACGAGGGACACAUCUAUUCCACUGUGGACGAUGAUCAUUUUAAAUCCACAGACGCAGACUGACUGGGUCUGUUUGAGUACCCAAGACAUUUUCCAGGUGGACCUGUUUUCAUAAUCUCUGUCUUCAGUUGUGCAUCUGUUUGGCCAGUUGACUUCUAGGGAGUAGCUUUCAUCUAGAAAGGGUCUCAUUUAACAUCCUUCUGAAACUUAACUGCUCUUUUGGCUUUUUGUUUGUUGUUAUUUUUGUUUUUUGAAGCUCAGUUUUGGUCAGUUGACAAGAAUAAGAAUGUAAAGAUGGGUGGACUUUCUUAAAGAGGUUAUAAAUCGGGGCUCCUGAGUGGCUGAGUUAAGCAUCUGCCUUCGGCUCAGGUCAUGAUCCCAGAGUCCUGGGCCCAGCUCAGCGGGGAGACUGCGUCUCCCUCUGCCCCUCCCCCUGCUUGUGUGCACACACGCCCUCUCUCUCUCUGUGUCAGAUAAAUAGAUAAAAUCUUCAAAAAAAAAAGAAGAAGAAGUUAAAAAUCACUUGUUUACAACAUCAGGACAGUUGGAAGUGGAAGAAAUAUGCUUCCCAGAGUUGGGGCGGUGUUACUUAAAGAAUACUCAGGAGUUUCUGGUCCUAUUAUGUUCCCUGUGGAGAGAUGAGCAGGACUAGGGCCUUCAGCAGGGAGCUGGCCAAGAAACCCACUAACCUCUGCCUGGUUUUUAUUCCCCCCUUUGGUUGGUUAUAUGCUAUUAUUUUCAGAAUUGCACUUUCCUUCACCUUGUCAUGACUGCUGCCGAAAGUGUGUCUUUAUGAACAUGAAGUUCUAGAGUAGUGGCCUUGUGAGGGCAGAGGGGAGAAAGAUAUUAUUUCAGUUUUGUACCAAAUAAGUACCUUCGUAUGUUUAAUAAAAGCUCCACUGCAGAA